CUUGGCCACAGAGCUUACUUCAGUCACCUUGUUCAUCAUUACGCCCUCUCUCACACGCACGCACGCAAGCAAGCAGGGCGCUUGGCUCCUCUGGCAACGGCAGCUUCGUCUUCGUCGGGUGCGAGCUCCCAUUGCGUCUAGCGCCGCUGUGAGCCCCUUCUCGUAAGCGAAGGAUCAGAGCGAGGCGGCGCUCCGAACACGCCUGCCCAAGGCUUUGUGCCAAGGGACGAUUUGGCCAGUCAUGUCGAACGACGGGCCGGAGGGCGAACCUGCAGUGGUGGAGUCAUGGCCGGACGAUGGUCUCGUGACGCCUUCGCCACCGCCGGGGUCCACCUUACCCUAUCCAGAGGCGAACUCCGCGAUGACGGCGGCGGCGGCGGCGGCGGCGGCGCAAAGUGCGCCUGUGAGCCGUCGUCGUCGUGACGAGGGGCAGACGGAUACUGAUCUGGACGCAGACGACGAGGCGUACCCCUCUGCGGGUCGUGACGGCGUGGUGAAGGGCAAGCGGCGCAAGCCAUCGGCAGCCGACGCUAAGGCUGGACCCUCGUCAAGGAAGCGUCCGACGUACAUUGCGAUCGACAGCGACGAGGAGCAGCUGCGGCCCAAGAAGGUACCCAACUCAAAGAGGAAGCAGGAUGUCGCCGGCUACGUGCGGCCGUUAGAACCGGUAUCAGGAAAUGAUACAACCACAGCCAGCGGCGUUACGUCGAGGCAGUCGAGUCUAACUACUGCCCAGGACAUCGCGCGAUCAAGCGAUAGAGACCAGAGCGCCAUGCUGGACGACGACAGCUCCUCCCUCUCUUCGGCCGAAGAAUCACCUAGCUGUACGAGGGAGGUAUUAAUAAGGUAUGGAGCGGAUGGAAACAGUAGAGACAUCCUCUCUACGCCCCGAGGAUCACAUGGCACGCGAGUCGACGACGAAUGUUUGAAGAAAACAGUCACAGUGUACGAAGAGGGCUUGGGCUACAUCGAAGUACCGGCAGAUGAGCGACGCCCACGACGAGCACGCCCAAGAACUUCCUACAACGAGGCCCUGUUGUUUGCCGAUCUCGACGAGGGCCUCAAGAAGAGCCAAGUACGGACCAAAAAAGGAGAAGGUACCAGUAAGAAAGACAGGGCACCCAUUCCAAAACCAGACGAGUUCAAGAUCGUCGUAUAUCAUGGCAGGACGUGGGCCCGCCAAACGAGGACGUGUCUUGCCUACCGCUUUCCGCCAGGUUCUGGCUACCUCUGCCGACAGUGUGUCACCAAGAAGACCUACGACAUCUGUCGAUUCGCAAAUCUCCGCGCGUUUGCUGUACAUGCAGAGACGAAGCAGGUGAUUGGCUUCAAGAACGGCUACUUCACCAGCGAGCCAGAGGUUACGUUUUUGAGCAUCGCAGAUGCCGAUGAACAGCCAAUCCUACCGAGCCACGAGGACCUGAACCGACCCAUGGAUUUCGAGUCGCAGAGGCAGACCAUGAUAACGGCAGCAACGGCAUUGAGGGAUGUGCUUUCGGAGGGACUGAAGCAUGCUCAGCAGGACGGCUGUGUGCGAAGGCAGAGGGAGUUACAGAUCAGGGCCAUGUGCGAUUUCUGCAGCACUGGCCUCUUUGCCUCGUCGUACAUGUGCUCCAGGUGCGGGCUCGAGUACUGCUGCGAGUGCGCAUCGACGAUGGACGAGGUCAACGUCGGCGAGAAGGGGCCGAGGGGUAUGCACUGGCUUCGCACUUGCAUCAAGCAUCCGACGAAGCCACCAAUUCACUCGUCCGGCGAGCUCCUGCCCAUGACGCGCUUUUCCUGCGACGAGCUCAGCACUGAGCUCACUGCCAUGGACGAUCUUCUGACGAAGGCGCGAAAGCGAGGCAAGGAGGCAGACCAUGCGAGGCAAAGCAUCGCACCACAGACAAGCAAGGAAGUAUCACUUGAAGACGGUGAUGUUCCAAGUCAAUUUCUGGACAUCGUCUCAGCCAAGGAUCUUGACGAGAAGCGUUUUCUUGCAACAUGGUCAAAGGGCGAGCCCAUCGUCAUCGCCGACGUGUCCACACCGCACCGAUGGGAUGCUGAAGCCAUGGUCGAGAAGUACGGCGACGACGUGUGCGAGAUCACACGAUGCGACGUGCAGCUCCCUUCUAUGUCCGAGGGAGCUUUUGCCACCUUUCGAAGAACCAAGCCCAACCAAUUCGCAAAGUACAUCAAAUCAGUCCAGGUCAAAAAGUUCUUUGAGACGUUUGGACAGACGAAUCAGGUUCGCAGGGACGUCCUCGGCAAAGGCAUCUGGAAGCUCAAGGAUUGGCCCCCGUCGGCUGAAUUUCGAGAGUCCUUUCCGGAGCUCUACGACGACUUCAACGCGGCUGUGCCCAUGCCCGACUACACGAGGCGCGAUGGCUGCAAAAAUAUCUCAAGUCUGUUUCCAAAGAACGCAAAUGGACCCGAUCUUGGUCCAAAGAUGUACAAUGCCUGGCCGGGCGAGCAUACCCAGGGUAAAAAGGGCACCACGCGGCUUCACAUGGACAUUGCCGAUGCCGUCAACAUCAUGCUCUACACUGCGCCUCCAGUCGACGAGAAGAAGCGCGAGUCGGACCGAUGCGCAUUGUGGCACAUUUUCAGAGCGCAAGAUGCAAACGCCAUUCGAUCCUUUCUCCGCGAGACGAUUUCGGAUGCCGGGAAAUCGCUCGACGAUCCUAUUCAUACCCAGCUAUACUAUCUCGACGACGACCUCCUCCGGCGGCUGUACGAGGCCAAGGGCGUCUUUCCCUGGACAGUCCGUCAGCGACAGCACGAGGCCGUCUUCAUCCCUGCAGGCUGCGCUCACCAGGUUGUUAAUCUGACCGACUGCAUCAAGGUCGCCGUCGACUUCAUCUCUCCGCAGAAUGUACAGAGAUGCUUUACGCUCACACACGAAUUCAGGGCGCUGAGAGGCGAUACGCUGGCACCCACGAAUCAUCGGACGAAACCAUCUCCUGAGCCGCCCACAUCGACGACGAGCAGCAGCGUCCCUGAGGGAAGCUCGACCAAGACGACUGCUGUACCGACGUCGGGCAAGAAGAGCUGGAGGGAGGACGUGCUACAGCUGAGGGCACAGCUGUGGUAUGCAUGGCGCGCUUGUCGGCUUCUUGGGGAGACGCACGGAGGCUGAAUAAACGGAGGUCGUGCAAUUGACUUGAUGACAUCUCCAGAUGAGGACGUGCUGUGUGGUGAAAGCUCGGUGCUUUCGACGGUUGAGAGGCAGCCGAUGAGAAGAGAAGUGGACUCGUCGCGAGCAGGGAUGGACUCGGAAAGUCCUCAUUUGAUAGCUAACCUACCAAUGUAUUUGUUAAUUCUCUUACUCAUACCAAGUAUCGCUGAGCAGCAUUGCUGUCUACCAUUCAAUUUCAUCUUUG